UCAUUUUAAAGUAUCUUGGCGGGAUUGAAUGAAACUCAUAACCAUUUCUAGGUUCUCGUGUCCUCGAUUCUCAUUCAUUUCAUGUCCCCUUUCAAAGAGAAACCCUCCAGACCUGUCGCGCGUAUCUGCGACUCAUUAAAACCAGCAGUGGAUUGAAUUUGCUUUUCUGUAUCAGUCUGCAAAUCAUCACCGGACUAUUACGCACGCAGUCGACCGUGGGGGUUCACAAAUCGAACAACCACGAAACAACUUGGAAUCGCAGUCAUGUUGGACUUAGAUGGAUCGGACUCAGGUCCAGAAAUAUUUACUCCUGACUCCGAGACGGGAGCUCAAUCUCAACCGCUCACCUUGAUUAACAAAACCUGGGAGCAUACCUUUAUAAUACCAACAUUUCUAUACGCCAAUGCGGUUCGAUUACGAGAUAGAUUUCUGAAAACUCUGAUCAAUCCGAAAGCACAAGGCGAGGAAAGGGAAAGCCAAUCCUCUAUCAUAGAGCUCGUCUCGGAUUUUCUUAGCUUCGUUGCUAAAGAAAUUGAAACCCAUCUUGACUCGAGUUUCGACAAGGAGGUGCUGAAUUUCGUACUUCAAUCAUUUGAGCGGGAGGUGUUACAUAACGAAGAAGUCCAUGCGUUUGUCGCAGUUCUUCCCGACAAUAUCGACAAGCUCAGAGUAAUAAGAUCAUACUAUCUUGCUGUUGGUGCAGUAAGGCGACCUGCGGGUAUGCCGGAUUCGGCUCUUAUGCGGGCAGCCCUUAAAGGCACUGCUCGCGUUUACGCUGUUUUUGGUGGCCAGGGUAACACCAAGACUUACCUCGAUGAACUACGAGAUGUUUACGACACAUAUCCAUCGCUAACAAGGCGAUUCCUCGUUCCUGCAGCACGUUAUCUUGAGCGGCUUUCGCACGAUGCUAGAGCUUCCCAGGCCUUCAUCCAUGGCCUAGAUAUUAUGCGCUGGUUGGAGCGACCCGACUCACAACCGGAUUUCGAUUACUUGGUCUCCGCGCCGGUCAGCUUUCCCCUCAUCGGAUUGCUACAGAUUCUCCAUUAUAUCGUCACAACUUCUUCCCUUGGGACGCAUCCAGGUGGAAUGAGGAAUCGCUUGUCGGGUACAACGGGUCACUCCCAGGGAAUUAUCCUCGCAGCCAUAAUAGCUGCCUCGUCGAAUUGGCAGAGUUUUGAGGCACAGGGAAAAAAGGCUCUCGCGAUCCUAUUUUGGAUUGGUGUUCGCAGCCAGGAGGCAUACCCCCUCCCUUCAAUCGCUCCGAGCGCCCUAGAGGACUCGGUAACGAGUGGAGAGGGUGAGCCAACGGCAGCACUCUCCAUUAGGGGCAUGAGUCGCGAAACGCUCGACGAGUAUAUAACAAAAGUAAACGGAUCGCUUCCAGAGGACCGACAAAUUGUCGUAGCUCUAGUAAAUGGCGCGAAAAACUUCGUGGUCGCUGGCCCGCCGAUGGCGUUGUAUGGACUCAAUGUACAGCUCCGCAAAGUCAAAGCGGCAGACAAUAUCGACGAGUCUCGCGUACCGUUCAGCCAGAGAAAACUGCAUAUCACUAAUAGAUUUCUCCCAAUAACGGCUCCAUUUCACAGUCCGUAUUUGCGAUCGGCUAUUGAGGCCCUUCAAGAGGACUUGAAGGAUACCAGGAUAUCUCCUAGCGAGCUUGCUAUCCCGGUAUACUCUACGUUUAGUGGAAAAGAUAUCAGGACAGAGCUUCAAGAUAAGGAUGACAUAGUGCCAUCUCUCGUCAGGAUGAUCUGCCAAGAUCCGGUGCACUGGGAUAAGGCCAUUGCGAUGCCCGAUGCAACACAUAUCCUGGACUUUGGUCCGGGGCGCACUGCAGGCGUUGCUGGUCUCACGAGUCGCAUUAAGGACGGUACCGGAACUCGUGUCAUUCUUGCGACCAACAUAACCAAUCCGACACACCCCGAGAUUGGAUGCAAAAAUGAGAUUUUUGCCCGUAACACCUCGGAUCUUGCAUAUGGCGUCAAUUGGGCUAGACAGUAUGGACCAAAACUCAUAAAAACCUCCACUGGCCAAACAUUCGUGGAUACCAAAAUCAGCAGACUUCUCGGUCUCCCGCCGGUUAUGGUGGCGGGAAUGACCCCCACAACAGUGCACUGGGAUUUCGUGGCUGCAGCAACAAAAGCUGGGUACGAAAUUGAGCUGGCCUGCGGCGGUUAUUAUGACGCCGCUAGUCUGACUGAAGCGAUCACGAAAAUAUCAAGGGAAAUUCCUCCUGGUCGCGGCAUUGUCCUGAAUAUAAUCUACGCCAGUCCUAAGGCAGUCGCUUGGCAGAUUCCACUUGUGCGCGAUCUGUGUAACAAGGGAUUACCUAUUAAGGGACUUACUAUUGGCGCCGGCGUUCCCUCUCUGGAUAUCACGAAUGAGUAUAUUCGCAACCUAGGAAUUAGACAAAUCGGGUUUAAACCUGGGUCUGUCCAAGCCGUUCAACAAGUAAUCAAGAUCGCCCAGGCCAAUCCGGGGUUCCCAGUAGUUCUGCAAUGGACUGGUGGUCGUGGCGGCGGACAUCAUUCUUGCGAAGACUUUCACGAGCCAAUAUUAGAGAUGUACAGUAAGAUACGGCGCUGCUCUAAUAUUGUGCUCGUUGCUGGCUCGGGUUUCGGUGGCGCAGAUGAUACUUAUCCGUACUUGAACGGCACUUGGGCGACGAAGUUUGGUCAUCCACCUAUGCCUUUUGAUGGUAUCCUUCUCGGAAGCCGAUGCAUGGUGGCUAAAGAAGCGCACACAUCCCAAGGUGCGAAACAUGCCAUCGUUGACUCCCAGGGUCUUAGCAACCAAGAAUGGGAGAAGACAUAUCAAAAGCCGGUCGGCGGAGGUGGUGUCAUCACUGUCCGAUCCGAAAUGGGAGAGCCGAUUCAUAAAUUGGCUACUCGCGGCGUUAUAUUCUGGGCCGAGAUGGACCAGAAAAUCUUCAGUUUGCCUAAAGAGAAGCGCAUUCAAGAGCUCAAGAAAAAAGACACCCGCGACUACAUUAUCCGACGAUUGAAUGUCGAUUUCCAAAAGCCAUGGUUUGGCCACACUGCUUCUGGUAAGGCUGUUGAUCUUGAGGAGAUGACCUACGCCGAUGUCAUUUCUAGAAUGGCCGAGCUUAUGUUCAUGACACAUCAGAAGAGGUGGAUUGAUAAAUCCCUCGCUCGGUUGACUGGGGACUUCAUGCGCUAUGUUGAACAGCGCCUCGGAUCGUCCAUGAGCAGCUGGGAGCUAGACGACCCAAUUCCCACGAUUCACAAAUUCCUCGCGGCACAUCCCCUAGCAAGCAUGCAACUUAUGAACGCUCAAGACUGCUCGCAUUUCUUGGCUCUUUGCAAGCGUCCUGGCCAAAAACCGGUACCAUUUGUCCCACGCCUAGAUGAGGAUUUCGAAGUAUGGUUUAAGAAGGACUCAUUAUGGCAGUCGGAAGACAUCGAUGCUGUCGUCGAUCAGGAUGUCGGCAGAGUCUGUAUUCUUCAUGGACCCGUCGCGGCGAAGUACUCGACCACUACCGAAGAAUCCAUUAAGGAUAUCCUCGAUCGUGUACAUGAAGGUCAUGUCAAAUUACUAAAACAUGACCUGUACGCGGGCGAUGAGGGGAAGGUACCAAUAGUUGAGUACUUCGGGGACAAGAUGGCGAACUCCGCCUCGGACGCUCAAUCAAUACCCGAAGGCGUCGCCAUUUCAGACACUGGUAAUGAGGCGAGACUGUUUAUCCCUGGGAGAACUCUUCCGAGCACCGAGGAAUGGAUGCAAUUUUUAGCUGGUAGCCAAGCUACAUGGCGCCGCGCAUUAUUAACAGCAGACGUCUUCGUUCAAGGCUAUCGCUUUGAGGCGAACCCACUACGCCGUCUGCUUGCACCCGCUCGAGGCAUGCUCGUGAACAUAGCUCACCCCGAUGAUCCCAACCGGACAACUAUUACCGUUGAAGAAAGCAUCGGUGGUAAGCAAUUGCCCACGAUGAAGAUCGGCCCUCUGGCCGGCAAUAUCAUACCCCUCAGUCUCAUUGAACAUCGCACCGCCUCAGGGAAGCCGAUCACGCUUCCAUUGCUAUUCACUUACCACCCAGAGGCGGGCUAUGCGCCAAUUCGGGAGGAAAUGAACUCGCGCGAUGAGCGCAUCAAGGACUUUUACUACAAGCUUUGGUUUGGAAACGAUCGACCAACCGCACCCUUGGACGCGGUGAUACCUCACAUCAAGCGCUGGGAUGGCGGUACUACAACAGUCUCUAGCACCGCAAUCCAUGAGUUCGCCCGCGCGGUCGGUAAUACGGCCGAGGCAUAUAUCGAGAGACCCGGCCGGGAUCAUCUCGCACCUAUGGACUUUGCCAUCAUCGCUGGUUGGAAGGCUCUCAUGGAACCUCUAUUCCACGCCGUCGACGGUGACUUGUUAAAACUCGUACAUCUAUCGAAUCGCUUUCGCAUGAUUCCUAGUGCGACGCCGUUUAAGAAAGGUGAUGUAUUAAGUGCAUCGUCGGAAAUCACUGCUAUCGUCAAUCAGGACUCGGGCCAGAUGGUCGAGGUCUGUGGUACCAUCGCACGCGACGAUGGUAAACCGGUGAUGCAAGUUACGUCGCAAUUCUUCUACCGCGGUAUCUUUUCCGAUUUUGCGAAGACAUUCCGGCGUAAGGUCGAAACACCUGUUAGGGUGUCGCUGAAAAGCCUGAAAGAUGUUGCUGUGUUGAAAGCUAAGAAAUGGUUUAAGUCCGAGAGAGCGGAUUUAGACGAUAUUCUGCUCGGACAUAGCGCCGUUUUCAAGUUACACACCUCGACUCGGUUUAGUGACAAGACUGUAUUUGCUUCCGUUGAGACUACGGGCACGAUCGAGGUUGAAGUACCAACUACGAAGGAACUCGUCCGCGUAGGUACAGUCAAUUACGUAUCCGAGGGCCCGUCGCGCGGGAACCCGGUUCUUGAGUAUCUUACUCGGAAUGGCUCGAAGUUGGACCAGCCCGUUUACUUCAAGCACCCAACUCCGAUACGGAAUCACCAUAGCAAGGCUCCGUUAGAGAUCGAAGCUCCCGUUUCGAACGAGAACUACGCCCGUGUAUCCGGAGAUUUCAAUCCCGUUCAUGUUUCGCGCGUCUUCUGCAAGUAUGUCAAUUUGCCUGGUACUAUAACACAUGGCAUGUACACAAGUGGUGCAGUGAGGAGCUUAGUCGAGACCUGGGCGACGGAGAACCAUCCCAAUAGGAUGCGUGAUUAUAAUGUUAAGUUCGUCGGGAUGGUCCUACCGGGCGAUCAGCUCGAGGUUCAAUUGAACCAUGUCGGUAUGGUAUCUAGCUAUAUGAUUGUCCAAAUUGAGGUCGUCAAGGCGGACGAGACUAGGGAGAAAGUAUUGGUCGGCGAGGCCAUUAUUGAACAGCCAACAUCGGCGUAUGUGUUUACAGGCCAGGGGUCGCAGGAGAAAGGUAUGGGUAUGGAGCUAUACGAGAAGAGCGCGGUUGCGAGAGACGUCUGGGAUCGCGCCGAUAGGCAUUUCCUGGACACAUUCGGUACGUUUGGCCUCCCGACUUAGAUACCUUGUGAUUAUCCCCGAGCUAAUCAAACCAACAGGUUUUUCUAUCCUUGAGAUCGUUCGCAACGAUCCUAAGGAGCUGACGGUUUACUUCGGCGGCGCACGAGGCAAAGCAAUCCGUCAGAACUACAUAGCUAUGACUUGCCAAAGCCUCGAGCUAGCUGAGGAUGGUAGUCCAAAGCUCGAGAAGG